GUAUCGCGUCCGUACGGGAGUGUCCAAGAGUGAAGUGUUCGGGAAAACUAGAAUGAUAAGCGAUUUAUUUCGUUGCUAGAUAAUGUAGGUCGGUUUUAUAACGUUGUUUUGGUUGCCCGUCGUAUCUUCCUCCUGAAUGUCUGUGACUUGGAUUGUUUGAAGUGAUUUGUGGAAUCAUAGCGAAGAUUCUACCUGCUGUGACAGUAGCGUACUGUAAACAUUUGAUCGGUGGCUAAGUGGAUUUCCUUUUACACGAUCACUAUGGCCGAGGCUGCAGCAGCUGCUUCCUCUAACCCCAACGCCGAGAUCGUUCGCGGUCAGGUCUUCGAGGUGGGGCCUAGAUACAAGAAUCUGCAGUACAUUGGAGAGGGAGCUUAUGGCAUGGUUGUGUCGGCACUAGAUACAGAGAAGUUACAGAAAGUUGCAAUAAAGAAAAUAUCACCUUUCGAGCACCAGACUUACUGCCAAAGGACGCUCAGAGAAAUAAAAAUCCUAACGCGAUUUAAACAUGAAAAUAUCAUCGACAUCCGGGACAUUUUAAGAGCAGAAACCAUCGACCAGAUGAAGGACGUCUACAUCGUACAGUGUCUCAUGGAGACCGACCUUUACAAAUUAUUAAAAACACAGAAAUUAAGUAACGACCACAUCUGCUACUUCCUGUACCAAAUCCUGCGCGGGCUGAAGUACAUACACUCGGCGAACGUGCUGCACCGGGACCUCAAGCCUUCCAACCUGCUGCUCAACACCACCUGCGACUUGAAGAUUUGCGACUUCGGUUUGGCGCGAGUGGCGGACCCCGACCACGACCACACGGGGUUCCUCACCGAGUACGUGGCCACGCGCUGGUACCGCGCACCAGAGAUCAUGCUCAACUCCAAGGGCUACACGAAGUCGAUAGACAUCUGGUCUGUGGGUUGUAUCCUGGCGGAGAUGCUCUCCAACCGGCCCAUCUUCCCGGGCAAGCACUACCUGGACCAGCUCAACCACAUCCUCAGCGUGCUCGGAUCGCCCAGCCAAGAGGACCUGGACUGCAUCAUCAAUGAGAAAGCGCGCAGCUACCUGGAGUCGCUGCCGUACAAGCCGCGCGUGCCGUGGACGGAGCUGUUCCCGGGAGCUGACCCCCGCGCGCUCGACCUGCUGCACCGCAUGCUCACCUUCAACCCUCACAAGCGCAUCACGGUCGAGGAGGCCCUCGCACACCCCUACCUCGAGCAGUACUACGAUCCCAACGACGAGCCUGUCGCAGAGGAGCCGUUCCGUUUCACGAUGGAGCUGGACAACCUCCCGAAGGAGACCCUCAAGCAGUACAUCUUCGAGGAGACGCUCCUCUUCAAGCAGCUGAACGAAGACGCGUAGACCUCCCAGCUCGACCCUCAUGGCGCAAGCUCCCGCCUCCAGGUAACUCGUCGUCAUUUCGCCCGAGAUCCAUCCGCCGGACUACGGAAGUGACAGCUGUCAGACUGACAAGCGAGUUCUCAACGUCAAAUGACAGCUGUCAGACUGACAAGCGCGUUGUCAACGUCAAAGUGUCAGCUGUCAGACGGAAGGAGCUGCGACUCAGAAAUAUCCCCGUUCGGUUGAAGUACACGUAGUUAAAGUUUAUUUUCUCAGAUUGAAUGCUAGAAUAUUGUCGAGGUAUAGGAGCUUGUUACGUGCAAAUAUGUUUUAGAAAUCAUGUAUCCAUCGUAAGGGCGCUUCAGGCGGGCCUAAAUUCAGUGCUCUAAAUGCUGGCAGUGAUUUCUCUGGUGUUACAAGUACAUAAUGUUUAGGACACUGAGUUUAGGCAGCGCCCUAAUGUCGCUCGAAUGUUGUAAAGCGUACCGGUGGACGUUAUUGUAUUAAUUUCGUUAAGUAUUUUGACUAAGUUAAGCCAUAUCUUUGUAUUACGAUAUUUCUUCAUAUUUUUUAAUUAAAUUUGAUAUUACCAAAAAUUUACGUACUCUGUAUCCGUUUUUUUUUUCUUCGUAUAGAUUGUAAUGGAUAUCUGACGCUUAUGUCGCGCGUUAUCGGAAACGACUGGAUCAGUAGACGUUAGCUAAGCGUAGUACAUAGAUAGAAGUUUUCUGAAAUUUAUCAACGUUAUUAUACCUAGUCGUGCAUGAGAGCAGUAUUACGAAUUCACUUCGAAGAGUUGCGGAAUGUUCGAAUCGCGAGAAUCGAGGUCGCUCGCGAGAUCGAUGUAAAUAUUUUUACAUUUUUAAUUAAAUGUAUUUUUGAAAGUGUCACUAAAGUUUUUCGAGCACUUAUUUCGAUUUAACUGCAUUCUCUCAUUUGUGAUGGAGGUGGUCGUUCAAAAGCUUGUGUCGCUCUAAAAAUGUCUUCCUUGUGGGGGGCAUCCAUAAAUUACGUCACACGUUUAGGGAGAGUAAUCAACCGAACGCGACACUCGUGACAAGGGGUAGGUAGAAAGGGUCAAAAGCAUUGUGGCGUGGCACGUGUAUAAUAUGAAGUAUUAUUUUUUGCUACCUUUUUAUUUGCCACUGUGUUUGCCGCAUAAUAAACUGUGUACUAAUUUUCAUAGGGGAAAGAGGGUCUAAAAUUAAUUUGGAAACGUUUGUCAAGUCGGAGGGUUUGUUCUAAAUUCGUGUGACGUGAUUCAUGAAUGGCCCCCAAUAGCGUUUCGCACAAUACGAUUAGUACUUCAUAUCAGGUUAAAUAGUGCAACAAAAACAAGUUUUUCAACGAACCGCCGUGUCGGACUUGUGAUAGUAGAUGGCGAUAUACGACUACCUUUUAACUAGAUUACGAAAUUGACAUCAAAUUUUAAUAUAAGAUGGAAUUUUAAUGCCUUUGGCUAAGUUGCCAUCGCCAAAAACAAUGACGAAGACCGGGAGAAGAAAAAAAAUGGAGAAAGAAUGAGGCUAUUCGAAUUUCACUUGGUAUAAUUUUUUUCUGAUUUCUGUUUUUGGACUUCGUCGUAUUUGACGAUGACAACUUGGCUGUAGACUCUGAACUGUUUUGGCCUACCUGUAUUGUAUUAUAAAUCUUUUCGACCCGUAGAUAAUAAGGUUCUAUCGCCAUCUUGAGGGGAAGCUAUCGAUUAGUAUGUUGUUACUCUUUGUGUACUGUAAGGUAUUGUUAGGUCCUUUUCUGUUUCAAUGUUAAAGGUCUAUUGCUAAAAUUGUCUAUUACGUCACCUCUUAUGUUGGCCAUACACGUAAGGCUCGAGUUAUAUGCGUACGCGAACGUACCCGAACGCGCGUUUUGGCGGCUAUACCACGAGAUGACAAGCAAUUGUAUGUAAAUGACAGCGUGACCGCGCGCUAAGAACUGUUCUGAAAUAAAACCCCUCAUUUGCGCGUAGUCCACCCAAAGAAUAGUCAAAAUGAAGGUGUAGAGUGCGUGAGCUGCAACCUAAGCAAUUUCUUCAGAAAUGUGUUCAGGAUAUCCAGAAGGUAAACAUACUAAGAGUCCCCGCUCCUAGGGGUGGAGCCGGAGUGGGGGAGUGGGUUAUAGUUCCCAGUUUUGAGUUUUUUUGCUCAUAUUUUUAAAACGGUGCGUCGUAGACAAAAAGUGAUGUUUACCUUCUAGCUAACCUGAAUACAUUUCUGAAGAAAUUGCUUAGGUUGCAGCUCCGCACGCACUCUACAUCUUUUUUAAGUGGAAAAAACCGCGGCGGGCGCGGGAAAAAACCGCGCCGUGAGUUCGCUCCCUAAGUAAAUCGUUACAUACUUUUGCUUGUGAAAUCGCAGUAUAGUAGCCAAACCGCUCGUUCGCGCGGAUGCAUAUAAAUCAUGCGUAAGAGUGUAGAGGUGUUUGACUGCUCAGGCAAAAUUGACGGUAAAUUGGAUGGUGUUAAACUUUUCUAUCUUAGUAUGACUAAAAUAUUUUUUGCAAGGGCAUGCCUGUGCAGAUGAACCGUAACGUGUAUGGCUAGCUUUAUUUACAUACAUACAUUAUGUAAAACCGUUUUGAAUAGGGGGUCUUCUAUGUAACAGUCGCGCUAUACUCUUGUGAUUAUUAUUGGAAAUUAGGAAGAGUGAUGAAAACCGAUAUAAGUGAUAAUUUGA